UACUCAAUCAUGCUGCCAGAUGAUAUUUAUGAAAGAACGAAAAUCCAGGACACUGUCUCGCUGGACAACCCAACGUACCCCUGGCCAUCAAAAGCGCAUUUCGUGACCUCUCUCCUUUUCGGCUCUCCGUGGUUGCCAUUCUCCGAUGCCCAGAAGAGGGCAGUCCUCAGUUGGGCGCGAGAGCUCGGUGCUCGAGACGUCCCGUCCCUUGGCGCCAUCAAGAAAUCCCAUAAAUAUCUGGAUGCGCUUGUCGGUGAUCCGACAGAGAAGGUGACAGCGUGUUCUGGGAAUGUCUUUUUUAUUAACGAUGUUGCGAAAUCAAUCGCAAAGGACUACGCAAAUCCGCUGACGCGUUUUGCGAUGGAAGACUAUCCAGAAGAUAGCGGCGCGGGAAUGUCUCAAGUUUUUAAUGGCAAAAAGAUGUUGCUUGAUCUGCCCUCGCCGCCUGCGGCUCGGGUGAACGGAAUAAUUUACUUCACAGGUGAACUAUUACAAGACGAUUCUGGAGGGUAUUUCAUACCGGAACGCUUCUUUCAUGCCUCGCUGCCCGCAGAUUCGAGUGACGGAGACUCUGAACCGUGCGAGCAGUCAGAAGGUAAGGCCUUAUAUGCGCUCGGGCGGGUGGUUGAAAGAACAGAUGCCGGAUUUAUCGUCAACGAGGAACGCGAGAUUAUUCCGACGCACAUGUUCAUGCGGUCAUUUGAAGAGAUCGCUGCAAAUCGAGGCGAGCUCGAUUGUGGCCUUACGCCUUCGUCGGUCAAAUAUGCCUCACUCUCCCCGAAUCCAUUGCGCGAGAAGUCUAAUGGCCGGAUGGUCCACACAGUUCCCCUCCUCAUUUGUAUGGACGACGUUUCCGGCAAUGUUUCCAAGCAGUGGAAUAAACACCAUGCUAUUUACAUGUCGAAUGCAAACUUACCACGCGAGAUGCUCGAAAAAGAGUUCUUCGUACGAUUUGUCACAUCUUCACCGCACGCCGCUCCAAUGGAACUGAUGCGGGCCAUGAAGGACUCUAUAUGUAAUGCUGCUGAAUCCGGCAUCAUUGCGUGGGAUUGUAAAUACGAGGAAGAGGUUUUCUUGAUUCCAUAUGGGCUUUUCCUCGCUGGAGACAACCCCAUGCAAGCGGAGGAAUGUAGCCACGCCGGCUUAAAUUGUAACUAUUUUUGUAGGACUUGCGAGGUUGGUGGGACGAAAGAUUAUAAGGCAUCUGCCGUUGGGUAUAGCAGCCUUUUCACGCCAGGCAAUUUACGAACCCCCGAAAAUACGAUGACGGAGAUCCAACAACAGUUCGAGAUCGUGUUGAAGUCAGGAGCCUCGGAGAAGCUCAAGAACUCAGUCUCGUCAACUGGUGUUCGCGAUUCCGCUUCCAGUUCGAUCCUCAAUACGUUAGUGGAACUCGGAAAGAAGCUUCGAAAGCGCGCAGCUGGCACCCAAGCAAUGCCUGAAGCUGAAGUCGCAGCGGUCCUCGAGAAAGAGUUUGUAGAACUUUUACAAGGUGACAAGCUCGACAACGUUAUCAACCCAUUGUUGGGGAUGGAAGCAGGCCUCAAUAUGCACAUGGACACUCCGACAGAAAUUCUGCACACAAUACUCCUCGGCAUCGUCAAAUAUUUUUGGGGCCAAACUGUAUUUUUGCUUGAUAAGGCAAAGCUCAUGGGCAUGUUUCAGAUCCGUCUCGAGUCCGUCGAUACUGACGGACUCAAUGCUCCGUGCUUGAACGCAGACUACGUCUGCCAUUACAAAGGUAGUUUGAUAGGGAAACAUUUCAAAAGUUUGGCGCAAGUGAUGCCGUUUUUGAUUUAUGAUCUCAUCCCAUCGACUGUUCUCAACGCAUGGACCGUGAUAGGCGAACUGGUCGUACUCGUCUGGCACACAAAUAUUGUGAAUACAGAAGUUUAUCUUGCCAACUUAUCUCGAACGAUUCAAGAUUUUCUAAACGUCACAGCGCAGUGCGCGCCCAGCAUCAUUAUAAGCAAGCCCAAAUUUCAUUUUUUGACUCACCUUCCAGCAUAUAUUCGACGUUUUGGGCCAGCGGUCAUAUUUUCGACUGAACGGUACGAAUCCUUCAACCACGUCUUUCGUUUGUCGUGUGUGUACAGUAAUCGCCAAGCGCCAAGCCGCGAUACUUGCCGUAUUUUCGCUCAUCAAGAUGCCAUCAAGCACAUCGUCACUGGCGGGUAUUGGUAUGAUGACAAGGCCUCGAGGUGGGUACGAGGAGGAGCACAAAUUCUAGGGUAUCUUGAUGAACACCCAGAGCAAGCACAAUUGCUCGGGUUGUCAGCCUUCAAUUGCCGCGCUCCAAUACCUGUUCAGACUACUCUCGGCGCUAAUGGAAAAAUGGCAAGAGAUGGCGCAAUGGCCUGGAAAGAAACUCGUUGCUGGAAGAUCCUAAAGACCGUGCAGCCCGGUGUUGUCUACCAUCAAGGCAAAUCAGUUGUAGCACGGGAAGGGGAUGUCGCACAUCUGAACAGCCAUGUGAUCUUCCGCCGAGAUUCAGAUGGACAGACGUGUGUUGGACGCGUUUGCGAAAUCCUUUUAUCAUUCGAGAAUCCCAACACCGUUGUUCACGUUGGACUCCAGAUCUUUUCGUUUGCGGACACUUUACAUCAUUCCGUCCAUCUACCCUGUCUGAAUCUGACCGAUGACGAGGUUGUCACAACGGCGGCGAAUAUUAUAUGCGUUAUCAAUCUCCAGCACAACUGUCUUGAUUCACAGUGUACAGAUACCCUCCAGCAACCUGUGCGCCAAGAACGGCUUGAAACACGUCGUACGAAACCUAUCAUUCAGCACAAGUCGACCCCACACUACUUCAUCAACGCCUAUUCGAUUCAUCAUUACGAUCAUAUCCACCUUGUAAUCCCUGAGGCGCUCCGUGAAUCACCCCUGAGAGUCACGAACGUGGCAGAGGUUCGGCAAAUGGCUGUACAGCAUAUGCAGCAAAAGAAGGCUUCGAAAAAAGCCGGUGACACUGACCACGCAGAAAACGAU